AUGGCGUUGGCGUCAAAAACCAAAAACAAGGAACCUUGCAAAAACAGCAGCAUCAACAACAACAACAACAACAACAACAACAACAACAACAACAACAACAACAACAACAACAACAACAACAACAACAACAACAACAACAACAACAACAACAACAACAACAACAACAACAACAACAACAACAACAACAACAACAACAACAACAACAACAACAACAACAACAACAACAACAACAACAACAACAACAACAACAACAACAACAACAACAACAACAACAACAACAACAACAACAACAACAACAACAACAACAACAACAACAACAACAACAACAACAACAACAACAACAACAACAACAACAACAACAACAACAACAACAACAACAACAACAACAACAACAACAACAACAACAACAACAACAACAACAACAACAACAACAACAACAACAACAACAACAACAACAACAACAACAACAACAACAACAACAACAACAACAACAACAACAACAACAACAACAACAACAACAACAACAACAACAACAACAACAACAACAACAACAACAACAACAACAACAACAACAACAACAACAACAACAACAACAACAACAACAACAACAACAACAACAACAACAACAACAACAACAACAACAACAACAACAACAACAACAACAACAACAACAACAACAACAACAACAACAACAACAACAACAACAACAACAACAACAACAACAACAACAACAACAACAACAACAACAACAACAACAACAACAACAACAACAACAACAACAACAACAACAACAACAACAACAACAACAACAACAACAACAACAACAACAACAACAACAACAACAACAACAACAACAACAACAACAACAACAACAACAACAACAACAACAACAACAACAACAACAACAACAACAACAACAACAACAACAACAACAACAACAACAACAACAACAACAACAACAACAACAACAACAACAACAACAACAACAACAACAACAACAACAACAACAACAACAACAACAACAACAACAACAACAACAACAACAACAACAACAACAACAACAACAACAACAACAACAACAACAACAACAACAACAACAACAACAACAACAACAACAACAACAACAACAACAACAACAACAACAACAACAACAACAACAACAACAACAACAACAACAACAACAACAACAACAACAACAACAACAACAACAACAACAACAACAACAACAACAACAACAACAACAACAACAACAACAACAACAACAACAACAACAACAACAACAACAACAACAACAACAACAACAACAACAACAACAACAACAACAACAACAACAACAACAACAACAACAACAACAACAACAACAACAACAACAACAACAACAACAACAACAACAACAACAACAACAACAACAACAACAACAACAACAACAACAACAACAACAACAACAACAACAACAACAACAACAACAACAACAACAACAACAACAACAACAACAACAACAACAACAACAACAACAACAACAACAACAACAACAACAACAACAACAACAACAACAACAACAACAACAACAACAACAACAACAACAACAACAACAACAACAACAACAACAACAACAACAACAACAACAACAACAACAACAACAACAACAACAACAACAACAACAACAACAACAACAACAACAACAACAACAACAACAACAACAACAACAACAACAACAACAACAACAACAACAACAACAACAACAACAACAACAACAACAACAACAACAACAACAACAACAACAGCAGCAGCAACAUGAUAGUGAAAUGCAGCUCGACCCAAUGCGCCCACCCAUCGUCCGCCUUACUGAACAAUCUGCUGAGGGAGACGGUCGCUUCUUAAAGGCAAGGCUACGUGAUCCUGGUAUUAUGAGGGUUGUUCGGUUGUUCCUUG